UUUCGAAGCAAUGGUGUGCGAGGUGAUCGAGGAGCUGUUGACUGCGCCUCCGCAUGCUUCUGCUGAGGAGUUCAUACAGUACAGUCUGAGCGCUGAGGGGAAACCGGCUGAAAUUCCCUUGAACGGCCAUGACUACCCGAAUAAGGCUUAUCUCGACCCUAGGUGUUGGCCUUAUUGCGAUAGCUUCCUCAGUGACCUUCCGCGUACUCUAGACAGGCUAGCAACAAGCUCCCUGUGUUCAGAACUGAGCUCUGGGCUGGAAGAGGCCUUUGCUAUGACCAAGUCCAGAACGGUGGUCUUAUCUCUUUCCGGGGGAGUCGACUCUUCGUCCACUCUCAUCCUUCUCUGUGCGCUGCGCUACCACAGAGUAGCUGACUGGAAGCUUCGAGCACUCUAUAUGGGGUAUUCAGGGAACCGAGAGAACCUCGAUGAGGCUCGGUCUGAACUCAACCUCGUGGCCUGGCUUUGUGAACAGUGUAACGUCCAGCUGUUCGCCUUCAACAUUGACCUUCCACGACCACACGGUUUAGAGGGGACGACUUCUGGUGGCGUGACCAGAGACGAGUACGAAACGCAAACGAAGAGUAUAAGGUUCCGCAUGUACAGUCUAGCCUCUGGUGAUGAGAACUGUGUGGUAGUCCUUGGUCACCAUCAAGACGACGUUGAUGAGAACCGUCUCGAGCAGCUGAGUAGAGGCCACGUUAUGGGCGAUAUGGACGGCAUGCAUCGUGUUAGGGAGUCCCCGCCUGGUCUCGACAGAUGCAUAGUGUGUCGGCCUCUCAUUUACGAGCGGAAGUCGACUUUUGUCAAGGUCGCCACAGAAGCUCACAUUCCCUAUGUUCAUGAUAGCACCCCAGCUUGGUCGGUUCGAGGCAUCACUCGAAAGGCUCUGGAUGCUGUCCUUCUUGAUGAUAACACUACUGCCAUGCAUCAAAUCUUAGCCGAUGUGGCCUGCAUGUCCUCACGAGCAGCCGAGUUGAUCGUUUCCGUUGCGAACAGUGGCGUGAUGGAGCCUCGAGAGUUGCGGUCGAAAUCAAAAGGCACUUGUCUAACCUUCUGGCGUGUGGACCUACUUCGUAUCUUUUCUCACGAGGACCUCGCGAAUCUUUUGCCAAAACUUAUAUCUUCUAUCAACGACGUGGCCAAGUUGUGGAAUAGAGCCUUACCUAGUGACCAGAACGCAGUACGAAAGAUUCCUCAAGUCAAAGAUUGGCACUCUGUGGUUUUCGAGAGAGUCGUUUCUAUUUGCAUUGAAAGGAUGCUGCCUGGCGAGAGGGUCUCCCGAAAGGCUCUCCUUCACCUCUUCCGCGAGGUUAGCAGCACUGGUGUGCGUUGUGGUGGCUUCACAGAGACUUUGGGGUUCGUCUCUGAUGGUGGUCGUAAAGUGAUGCUCCUCUAUGUUAUCGACAAGGCCAAUAAUACUGUUAAAGAUAGACGACAAGAGGUUAUCAAAUUACUCGAUUGAAGCACUUCGCAGAUAAGAUUG